AUGCUCGAGCAGCUUGUACUCCGGGCCAAGCUGCAUGGCAGCCCACAUGGCACACGCAGCCUCUUUGAAAAGCCCGAGCGUUUCCAGGCACCGUCCCUCGCGGAAUAG